AUGGCUUCUUACAACGCACUUUCCGCUCGUUACGACGAGCUACGAUCACCAAACCCUCCUUCAUCCUCAAACACUACCGUAACUACAACUCCCACAAGAUACUCUGGAAGUUUCAUGCAGACUCAGAGUCAGCCAUUCAACGACGCACGAGGAAGUCUACAGCGUCGUCAAACCACUGAUUUGAGCAAGAUGCCCGGUAUCACCCCGAUCGGUCAACAGCCCGCUCAGGCAGUGGAGCCAGGUGACUUGCCUACGACUUUCCACACGGCCCAGCUAGUUGAGAAGAAGAGGCAGGAAUACGAGAUGCUUGCAGAACAGCGAAAGAAACACGCCGCCUUGCUGUUCGACUUCCAGACUCAAGAGGCCCGUCAGAAAGAAGAACUGGACAGAAUGACAUUGGACCUUGAGCGAGCUAGCUACAACGCUGGACACCAGAGUGAACCUACGACACCUCCUGAGUACCGUGACCACGCCUUUCCGUCAGUAUUUGCUCGGAGCAAUCGGUACUCUUCCUCGAGCAUCACGUCUCCUCCCGGUCUGAACACUCGUAGCAGCCGUUCUGGCUCCCAGCUCACGUCACCUCCGUCGGAUUUAACCCAGACACCACACAAUUCCUUCAAUUCGGAUAUGCUUCCGUCAAGGUCUGUACCGGGAUCUCGGCGUGGGUCUAGCGACAGAACAGCGGCUUACGUCCCGGAGACAAAUGGUACAAGCCGUCGCAAUGCCGCAGUCAACAACCGCUACUCCAUGCCUGUCACUGGGCUGAGAAGCCGGAACCACGAGACCGUACCUGAGCACUCUGCUACUAUGGGCUUGGGACAAAUCAAUACUACGAGCUUUCUCUUUGACGAUGAAGAUUCUAAAGAGUCCACCACUUCCCCUGAUGUCAAAAGCUAUCUGCAAAUGAAUGCCACAGACGAUAAGUUUCCAAUUUUGGUCCGUCGAAACGAAUUCCCUGGAGUCCUCUCUGCAUCUUCGGCUGCACUAGACCUGGCACUUUCAAGUCCAGAGCACGGCGAAGGAUGGACUCCAUUCGCGCGUCACCGCCUUUCUCAGCAGGCGCUGCCACAGACUAUGAACUCCUUGUCGCUCGGUCCUUCGAGCAACGGUACCUCCAACUCCGAUUCUCAGAAGUCUUCUGAGUCCAUGGGCAAUACUCGACUGAACCGACACUCCAUGGAGGCAAGUUUGGCCGCAUAUGGUCAGCCAACCCAACACGGGCAAAUUGUGUCGAACGAGCCAGUCCGACCUACGCUAGCAAACAUCCACUCUUCAUACUCGACUAACGAUGUCCCUACACUAAAGAAAGCUAAUGGGUUGAUGUCGAAUAUCACUCCUCCCAAGACUCAAGCUCAGCAACAAUUCCACAACCACAACGCUAGCUUGGGCCGUAUUCCUCCGAGUGCGAUGAGCAAUCGUCAUAGCCGUGAGCUUUCGGGAGGCGAUGCCCGACGUGAUGAGCAGCCGAAUGGUUACCAACAGGUCCUAUCUGGGUUGCAAGCCAGCGCUGCUCCCUUUGGUCCUCCUACGACCGCCGCCUCGCCCGUCGAUUCAAUGCCAAAUGCGAUGGCUCAGCUUAACAAUGCGAUGCAAUUUCCAAACCAUGCCUACUACCCUGCCUUUGGAAUGCAGAUGAUGAACAUGGGACUGAAUCCGAUGCAUAUGGCCAAUCCUAUGGCUUUCCAUAACCAGAUGCAACCUUUCCAGCCGCAGAACGGAUUACCUCAUUAUCCGAGUUACGGUCCUCAAGGCCGGUUCCAGGAUAGCCAAGCGCGUGUUAUCCAGCAGAGACGCUUGCAAAAUGGUGAAGAAAAUGCCCGCUUCACCAACGUCAAAUUAGAAAAUUUUCAAGGCGAGAUCCUCUUACUUUGUAAAGACCAGCAUGGCUGUCGUUACCUGCAGAAGAAGUUGGAAGAGCGCAAUCCUGAGCAUGUCCAGCUGAUUUUCAUCGAGACACACCAGCAUGUCGUAGAGCUCAUGACUGAUCCUUUUGGAAACUAUCUCUGCCAGAAGCUGCUUGAGUUCUCAAAUGAUGAGCAGCGUACAGUCUUGAUCAACAACGCCGCCUCGGAGAUGGUCAAGAUCGCUUUGAACAGCCAUGGUACGCGCGCUCUGCAGAAGAUGAUAGAAUUCGUCUCUACGCCCGAGCAGAUUCAGACCGUCAUCAAUGCUCUCAAUGGUAAGGUAGUAGAGCUCAUCCAGGACUUGAAUGGCAAUCAUGUCAUUCAGAAAUGUCUGAAUCGUCUCUCCCCGGAAGAUGCUCAGUUCAUCUUUGAUACUGUUGGCACCAACUGCGUGUCCGUUGGAACCCAUCGUCAUGGCUGUUGCGUGCUGCAGCGUUGCAUAGAUCACGCCACCGGUCACCAGAAAGCCAAGCUCAUCAGUCAAAUCACCAACAGCGCCUUCCAUCUUGUUCAAGAUCCCUUCGGCAACUACGUCCUUCAGUACAUUGUCGACCUCCAGGAGUCUUGCUUCACUGACCCGCUCUGCUAUGUCUUCCAAGGCCAGAUACCUCAAUUGUCAAAGCAGAAGUUCAGCUCCAAUGUCAUCGAGAAGUGUCUUCGUGGAGCCCAAUUGAAUGUUACACAGAUGAUGAUUGAAGAAAUGCUGAACGCCAAUGAGCUCGAGAAAAUGUUGCGCGACCCAUACGCCAACUACGUUGUCCAGACAGCAUUAGACUUCGCGGACCCGGAGACCAAAGGUCGCCUCGUCGAAGCUAUCCGCCCAAUUCUGCCACUGGUUCGUCAAACGCCCCACGGCCGUCGCAUUCAGAGCAAGAUCAUGGCACAAGAAGGCCAUGGUCAAGGCCAAGGUCAAGGCCAAGGUCAAGGUCGAUUCAGUGGUAGCGGCACUCCAACCGACCGCUCUUCAGGGCAGAUCCCCUUGUCGUUACAGAUGACUUCUAGUCCUGCCUCAAACACGUACGCAGCACCUUCCAAUGGAUACAAUGCCGUCAACAACGCCUUCGCUGCCCCUUUUGGCGGCACCUACCCUCAGUAUCAGCCUCCAGCAUCUCACGCUCAAAGUAUGAGCAACGGUUCGAACAACUUUAUGCAAUUUAGUCCGGACAAUCAACAAUCUGUACAACAGCCUGCUCAAUCUUACGCGCGUCUGCCUCAAGUCAACGGUGGCUUCUUCUGA